GGCUCAACCCCCGUGGGGAGCGCUGCGAGCUGCCCCGUGACCCGCUGAGCGCCCUCCGCCUGCGCGCUGCCGUUACCCCUCCCCGCGGGCCGGCCCGGCUCUGCAGUCGCCAUAGAGACCGCGCCGCACGCCAUGGGGCGGAGGCUGGGCCGGGGGGCGCCGCUGUAGCCCCCGCCUCACGCCGCACACACCAUCCCCUGUGGGGCCGGGGGCGCCGCCGAGACUCGCCGUGCCGCCCCGAGGAGCCGCCGCCUCGGCCCCGUUCCAGUGACUGGUUAAAUGGAAGCCAUUCCUGGGAUCUGGAUGGUUUCUACUGACGCAGACUUUGCAUAGCAGCUCCAUCACCUCAGGAGGUUGCAAUGAGUGGAGGAGGGGAUCAGCCUGACAUCCUCAGUGUGGGAAUAUUGGUCAAAGAAAGAUGGAAGGUGUUGAGGAAAAUAGGAGGUGGAGGAUUUGGAGAAAUUUACGAUGCACUGGACUUGCUUACUCGGGAAAACGUUGCACUGAAGGUCGAAUCAGCUCAGCAGCCAAAGCAAGUGCUGAAAAUGGAAGUAGCUGUGUUGAAGAAGCUGCAAGGAAAAGAUCAUGUCUGUAGAUUCAUAGGAUGUGGACGGAAUGACAGAUUUAACUAUGUGGUCAUGCAGUUGCAGGGUCGGAACUUGGCAGACCUGCGUCGUAGCCAAUCUCGAGGAACAUUCACCAUUAGCACCACUCUGCGGCUUGGGAAGCAGAUUUUGGAAUCUAUUGAAAGUAUUCAUUCUGUGGGAUUCCUGCACAGGGACAUAAAACCAUCAAACUUCGCAAUGGGACGUUUUCCAAGCACCUGUAGGAAGUGUUUUAUGCUGGAUUUUGGCUUAGCACGGCAAUUUACCAACUCAUGUGGGGAUGUCAGACCACCACGAGCUGUUGCUGGCUUUCGAGGAACAGUACGAUACGCAUCAAUCAACGCUCAUAGAAACAGAGAAAUGGGUCGGCAUGAUGACCUCUGGUCUCUCUUCUACAUGUUGGUGGAAUUUGUAGUUGGCCAACUACCUUGGAGAAAAAUAAAAGAUAAGGAGCAAGUGGGCUCCAUUAAAGAAAGGUAUGAACACAGACUUAUGUUGAAACACCUUCCUCAAGAGUUCAAUGUCUUUCUGGAUCAUAUUUCUAAUUUGGAUUACUUCACAAAGCCUGAUUACCAGCUUCUCAUGUCUGUGUUUGACAACAGCAUGAAAACGUUUGGAGUUAUUGAAAGCGACCCUUUUGACUGGGAGAAGAGUGGAACUGAUGGCUCCCUGACAACAACAACAACUUCAACCACCCCUCAGCUGCACACUCGUCUUACACCAGCUGCAAUUGGAAUUGCCAAUGCCACUCCUAUCCCAGGAGAUUUGCUGCGGGAAAAUACAGAUGAAGUAUUCCCUGAUGAACAGCUCAGUGAUGGAGAGAAUGUUAUUCCUGUUGGCGUAUCACCAGAGAAACUACCUGGAUCCCCUGGACAUCAGCGUCCUCAGGAAAAAGAUGUUUGGGAAGAAAUGGAUGCAAACAGAAACAAAAUAAAAUUGGGGAUCUGUAAGGCUGCCACAGAGGAAGAAAACAGCCAUGGACCAGGGAAUGGAAUGCUUAAUGCCCCAAGUCUUGGUUCUCCAAUUCGAGUUCGCUCAGAGACCACCCAGUUAGACAGAGAUGUUCCACUGGUGCGGAAGUUACGUUCCAUUCACAGCUUUGAACUGGAGAAGCGUAUGAUGUUGGAGUCUAAGCCCGACACUGAUAAGUUUCUUGAGACCUGUUUGGAGAAGAAGCAGAAAGACUUGAAAUUGACAGAGACUCCUGUUGCUGCUGUUCCUCCUCUUUCUCAAAAAACGUCUGUUCCUGCUCCUGUGACUGCCCGCACAGACCAUGUUUGGCACUAUGAUGAAGAGUAUCUUCCAGAUGCUUCAAAGCCCAUGUCAGCUAAUUCUCCUGACCAUGCUGAUGGUGUUAUGAGCAAUGGAUUUGUAGCUGUUAACCUAAGCUCCUGCAGGCAGGAGGUUGAUUCUAAGGAAUGGGUGAUAAUAGAUAAGGAACGGGACUUACAGGACUUCAGGACAAAUGAGGCUUUAGGGCACAAAAUGACUGGAAGUCCCUCAGAUGAAGAGCCAGAGGUACUACAAGUUCUAGAGGAAUCCCUUCCAGAAGAGCAGUCCAGAGAGGGUGGUUGGGCAGGAAACAAUGUCCAUGCCAAGAACCAAACUUCAGGGGUGGAGUUUGUUCUAGACAUGGAAUGUCAUCCUGCUGCAUCUGAACAGCUUACAGAUAAAUUGGAACUUCUGUCUGGAGCUGCAGGACAGCUUCUUGCGGCCACCCCUACAAGUCCUAUGGAAGCUCAAGCAGAAGGAGCGCUCACUCCGCUCAACUCAUGUCAUAUGCUGCAUUUCUCCACUCCAAGAAUUUCAAGUCCCAUCCUCCGCACCAUGAGCCCUAUAGCCUAUCUAUCCAUCCACUUGGACCCUCUGAGGGAGGCUGCUUUACCAAGGAGUCAGUCAGCUGAGAGCCACUCCUCUUCCUCCUGCUCCACUGGCCGGAGGCAGCUUCCUGUCAUUCCCUGUGGCAGCAAGUUUCCCCCUGUCAUUCGCAUCUCAAAAGCACAACUUGAGCAGAUAACAAUACCCAGACCUUCAGUGGCAUCCACACAGUCUGCUUCAGAGAGCUUUCACUAUGGCCACCCACUAGAGGGAAGAGAGCAGGAUGGGCAGUCUGUGGAGCACACCGUGGAACUUUCCUCUCCAAAGGAAAAUUUGCCAGGCUUGGUUGGGACAGAAGAUAUACUUCCAGUUAGUGCCAGCAGACCAGAUUUGAUACUUAAUAUUAGCCAAGAGGUGCUUGACAGGGAAGGACUUGUCAAAGAAUCUGUCAGUGUCCUGGACUGUGACCAAAAGGACCUACCUGAACACAAUGGGAUACAGGAAGAGAAAGAACUUGGAAAUAUUCCUGUCAAGGAGGCUGAGGAAGAAGGGCUUCCAGUGGUUUCUGAGAAUGCCAUUGAAAUGCUAAGCAAAGAACAGAAUUCUUCUUUGCCAGGAAACUCAAAAUCUGUAGAGGAAGAACCUCUAACAAAUACGGAAGCAGCUCAAGAAUCAAAGUCAAGGCCUGUCUGUUUGUUGCCAAAUCAAGAUGAGGUUCUGAAGUCAAUAGCACCUAAAACAGCAGAAUUGUCUCCCUCAAGACUUAAUAAUGCACAUGUUAAUAGGCAGGCAAGCAAAAUAGCAACCAUUCAGGAAAAUGGUUUUCAUUCGGAUAAGGAAGAAGUCCAUAGCCAAGACUUAAAAUGCCACCAAGUGGCCCUUACUACUAUUUUGCAUCAGGAGAAUAAAAAAGAGAAAAAUGCUCCCAGAAAUGGAGAGUUAUUCCACUGCAUUUCAGAAAAUGAGAACUCUUAUCGAUCUAAGAAGGACUCAGUUAAAUCUUCUUUUGUAUUCAGGCAGAGUCGAAUCCCAGUUUUAGCACAAGAGAUAGACUCAAUGUCAGAUUCCUCUUCUGUUUCCGCAAAGGAAAAGCUUCUUCUAAAAAAGGCCCAUCAGACAGACUUGGUCAAAUUACUUAUGGAAAAGAGACAGCUCAAAUCUUUCCUUGGUGACCUCUCAAGUGCCUCUGAUAAGUCACUGGAGGAAAAAAUGGCUGCUGCUCCAGUACCGUUUUCUGAGGAUGAUGUCUUAGCUUCAUUUUCUAGAUUGACACUGGACUCUCAUUUCAGCAAGCAGAAUGAAGAUAGCUCUUUAUCUCCAAGCAGCCCUCAGUCCAGAAAAAGCAAGAUUCCAAGGCCAGUGUCUUGGGCAACCACUGAUCAAGUCACCAGUUCAAGUUCAGCUCAGUUCUUUCCUCGACCACCACCAGGAAAACCACCUACUAGGCCUGGGGUAGAAGCUAGGUUGCGCAGAUACAGAGUCCUAGGCAGUAGCAGCUCGGACUCUGAUCUUAUCUCUCGUCUGGCUCAAAUCCUACAGAAUGGAUCUCAAAGACCAAGGAGUUCUACCCAGUGUAAGAGUCCAGGAUCUCCACAUAGUCCAAAAACGCCACCCAAGAGCCCUGUCAUCCCCCGCCGCAGUCCCAGUGCCUCCCCUAGGAGCUCUUCUUUACCCCGUACUACCAGUUCUUCUCCGUCCCGGGCUGGGAGAUCCCAUCAUGAUCAGAGGAGUUCAUCCCCACAUUUUGGGAGGAGUAAAUCACCUCCUAGCCAUUCAGGCUCCUCAUCUUCUAGGAGGUCCUGCCAACAAGAGCACUGCUGCAACAAAACAAGCAAGAAUGGUCUGAAAGGUUCUGGUAGUUCUUUCCACCAUUCCCCAAACACUAAGACUUCCACAGGAAAGAACAAAUCAACUACUAAGCUUAGCAGAUAGGAACUGGGCCUUGACAGGUAUAAAGUCUCCUCCUAAAUCUGAUGCAUGUUGUGUCUGUGUACUGUGUAUUUAAAAAAAUAAUCAAAAAAGUAUAUUAAAAAAAGGUGUUGAAUCUGCACAUUUUAAAGAAAGUAGCCAUUGUAAACUAUUCAUGAGAAAGCAUUCUGUGUAAAUAAGUGGCCAGGCUUUGCCUUAGAGCAGGCAGCAAGCAGAUCCACAAGAUGGGAAGUAGAGGCCAGGAUAAGAAUGACUCAGUAGUCAAAGAGGUGCAAUGUAUUUAGAGUGAAAAGCUAUAUUGAAGGUGAGUGUUUUAAAACUGUAUUAAUCUCCAUGUGUUUAGUUUCCCUAGUAGAAGAUUUGGCCUAAUUAUUUAGGGCCUUACAUGCUCAAGGAGUUUGUAAGAAAACCUGAAACGGUUAUUCCCAAAGUGACGUCACUACUCGGGAGAUAAGUACUGCUCAAGCAUUUCUUUGCAGUUUUAAAAAAGCACACAGUUUAGAAGGUUAUAUUUCUACCUUUUAAAUUUCUUCUAUUUUGAGCUGCACUCACCUCUGAGACACUGGGUGCUCAUUUUGUCCCCUGUCUAUCAUGGCACAAAUUUUUUACCGAAGUAUCAUAUACCUUACCCCUUCUUUGACACUGAUGAAAUUAAAAAAAGUAAUGUUUGACAAGAGGUUUUUGUACCAAUAUUAUUUAGAAAUUCGUUUAGCAGUAAUUAGGAUCCAAGAAGCUGAUUCUCAGUUCUAUAUCAUACAGUUUUUUUGGGAGUCCUAGUGGAGUUCUUCAGACCACAUUUGGUAGGAUUUGGAAAAGCAUUCCUUCCUAGGAAAUGAGAAAAAGGAGUAGAUGUAUGUACUUCACUGGAUGUUGCAGAUUUACAGUAAAAUGCAAUGUAAGCUUGAAAAUAAGAACCUUUCUUUACUCCCUUACUUGAACUGAAAAAAGAACCUUUGUUAUUGCUGACUUCUGUUUUUCCAUUAGUUAUGGAUCACUUAAACCACAGAUCUUACAAUGCAGAGAUGAUUACCAAUCAAGAUUUGUUUUCUAAAAUCAUGAAA